GUGUAGUCCUGACUCCAGUCUCGCGAGAUGAGACUUGCGGCGUAGGCGUGUUCUGAAAGACAGGAGGCGUAAGGUUGCACAGUUAGCAGUUUUGUGGAAGUAGAGAUCCAGGGCUGUGUUCGGAAAAGCGUGACUAUUCGGGCUCUGUGCAUUUACGUGGAUUACAGGGUGAAGUUUAAACUUCCCUCCCAGUCUAUGCAAUCCCCAUACGGCCCCCAUCUGUACAGAAAACUGUGUAGGAAAGAAGAUGCUGGUACCAUAGCAACCGCCCUCCUGUCAGAAGUCUGCAGCUCACUGAGAGCUGGGAGCCAGUAAUCCAAAUGCGGCUGUUUUGAAGGAGUUGUUUUGAGUUAAGAAACAAGCUGCAAGGAUCAGAGAAGAUGGCCGCUCCCUUUGUUCCUGUCCCUGUUCCAAUAAAUAAUUCAGCCUCGGGCAACAUGACAACUAAAAGCCAAAGGAGUUCUUCUCUUGGAAGCACCUCAACAACUUCAAACUCUUCAAAAGAACCACCUGAUGAACCUAAUCCCAAGAGCUACAAAAAAAUGAGUGCGCCUGACCGGUUAAGUUGUUCAAGCUCGGUUUGCACUAGCCCUCUUGUUAGGACUAAGUUUGAUUCUUCAGUUGAGUAUUGCACACAGCCAAAUGCUGAUGAGUCUGCUUCUGAAUCACUGGAGGAGAGGCCAUCAACUCCAACUAUUUUAGGAUAUGAAGUCAUGGAAGAAAGAGCAAAAUUUACGGUAUACAAGAUUUUGGUAAGAAAAAGCCCAGAGGAGAACUGGGUUGUAUUCAGACGCUAUACUGAUUUUUCAAGACUUAAUGACAAGCUGAAAGAAAUGUUUCCAGGCUUCAGGCUUGCACUUCCACCAAAGCGCUGGUUUAAGGAUAAUUAUGAAUAUGACUUUCUGGAAGAGAGGCAGUUGGGCCUCCAAGCGUUUCUACAGAACCUGGUUGCUCACAAAGACAUUGCAAACUGUGCAUCAGUGAGAUUAUUUCUUUGUUUGGACGACCCCCCUGGUCCAUUUGACAGCCUGGAAGAGAGCAGGGCCUUUUGUGAAACUUUGGAAGAAACCAAUUACAGACUUCAAAGAGAUCUUGUAGAAAAGCAAAAAGAGCUUGAAACUGUGAAAAAGCUGUUAAAUGAGAAGCAGCAGCACAUUGAAGUGCUGGAAUCCCAAAUAAAGCAAAUGGCAACAGGAGAAGCGAAGGCACGCAGACUGUCUGGUGAGGAAAGUGUAUGCAGCGGAGAGGUGGAGUCCUCUGCCAUAGAGGCAGACCAAGCCACUGCCACAGACAACUGUUCCUAUAAAGGCAGUCAAGAGAACUGCUGGAGUGAAGCCUUGCAUGCAGACAGUAUACCGGAUAUUGAAGUCGCUGAAGUUGCAGACCCUGAUGAAGUCAUCUGAUGUGAUCAGCUUGGGCUUUUCGUUUACAUUUAUCAGGAUAUUCCACCCUGAAGUGUAAGGUCACCGACGUGACAACAGAGGUGCCUACCAGGAUUGUUCAACAACUUUCAUAUGGAAAAGGACCUUUAAACAUUGCUGCUUUGAAAUAAUCCUUUUCUAGGCGGAUAAAGGAAAAACCACAAAGUAGGGUUGUUAACAUGAGAAAAGAGUAAAUGUCAUAUUGAAACUGCUGAAACCUCACUGAUUCCUUGAGUGGCAAAUGGCAUAAUAUCCAGCACUUUUGAUUAUUUUCACAUAUAAGAAUGGUCAUUUCUUUGGUGCCACAAAUUGCAUGCCCCAAAUUGCCAAGACAGUGUUCUUUUAUUUAUGCACAUAAAUAUGUUUUAGGAUGUCCAUGAGCUCCUU